AUGGCGAUCACACUACCCCUGCCGGCGUCGUCGCGUCCCCCGCUCUUCCUCCUCCGCGGAGGAUUCGGAAUCCUCCUGCUCGCGGCGCUGCUGCUGCUGCUCUCGUUCGCGCACCUCCCCCUGCGCGCGCGCGCGCAGAAGGCGUGCUCCGCCACGGUGCUUUGCGCCAACAAGCUCUGCUGCAGCGAGUGGGGCUAUUGCGGCUCUACCCCCGAUUACUGCAACGCUAAAUGCCUCUCCCAGUGCUCCCCGCCGCCCUCAACCGGUCCCCCUCCGCCCGCAAGCGGCUCCCCAACCCCCUCUACUGGGCUGAAGCGCAUGGCGUAUUUCGGCAGCUGGGGGAACAGGGCCGCCAUUCCUGCCGCCAAGCUGACCCAUGUCUUCUACGCCUUUGCUUCCAUCAACCCCACCACUUACAAGGUCGUCUCGUCCAACGCAGCAGUGGAAGUCGACGGGGGUUUGUAUAAGCUCUUCAACGCGGAUCUAAAGAGAGCCAACCCCGCCAUCAAGACGCUGCUCUCCAUCGGCGGCGCCGCUGCCGGCACCACCGUUUUCGGCAACGCCGCCUCCUCCACCGCCACCCGCUCUGCCUUCAUCCAAUCCGCGAUCGUCCUCGCCCGCGCGCACAAUUUCGACGGUUUGGAUCUCGACUGGGAGUACCCGAGUGGCAAGGCCGCCUCGUUCUCCGCGCUGCUCACGGAAUUCCGGGCGGCGAUCGAUUCCGAAGCCGCUUCCUUUAAAAAACCCAAGCUGCUGCUCACGGCGGCGGUCGCUCCCGACGAGAAGAGAAUCGCUGAAUGCUACAACGUCCCGACGCUUAACAAAACGCUGGACUUUGUCAAUAUCAUGACGUACGAUUUCCACGGGCCUUCGUGGGAGAAAACGACCGGCAUGCACACUGCUCUGGAGGAUAGCAGCUCGAAGCUGAGCGUCAGGGGCUCCAUGGACGCCUGGGUGACUCGAGGCUUGGCCCGAAGCAAGGCCAUGGUAGGCUUGGCGGGUUACGGCAAAACUUGGACCUUAACCUCGACAAGCAGCACUGGGGUUGGAGCCGCGGCCUUUGGUGCUGGUCAGAAAGGGUCUAUCAGUCAGGAAGCCGGUACUCUCUUUUACAAGGAAAUCAAUCAGCUGGUAACCACUGGAGGUUACAAAGCUUAUUACCACACCCCAUCCUCAUGCAUGUAUGCGGUGAAGGGUGACCAGUGGGUUGGUUACGACGACCCUUCCACCAUCACCAAGAAGGUUCAGUUCGCCAAGACGCAAGGCUAUGGAGGGUGGUUCCUGUGGGAAGUGAGCCAGGAUGCCAACAAUGCUCUGCUCAAUGCCGCCGCAGCUGUUUGA